AUGAGCAGCAACGAAGGCGGACCGUUCCGAAAGCGUGAAUCGCGCUCGGGCACUCGUAAAGUCUCUUCUCUCUCCGCCGAACAGUUGGAGCGAAAGCGUGCCAACGAUCGAGAAGCCCAACGGUCUAUCCGCCAGCGAACCAAGGAGCAUAUCGAGCAACUCGAGAAGCAGGUGGCCAUGCUGCAGACCCAGGUGAAGGAGAUGCGGCCUCGGAGCGAAUUAGAUGACGUGCUCCGACAGAACGCUGUGCUCCAAGAGGAAAUCCGACGGUUGAAACACCAACUGGCCGGCUAUACAGGCCAACAGGGCUUCACAGGUAGUAGUGAGCAGACGGGACCUUUUCGAGGUGGAUGGGAUUCGGGCGAAGGGCCCAGUAACGCAGCUUCCGCCACCCCUACGACGAACACGAUGCUCGCAUCACACUUUUCGGCGUCUCAUCCUUCGGCCAGCGUCCCUCGAGCACCGUCGGCAGUGUCAGCGUCAGGUCGAGUGUCCCACCCUCAUGACUGGCAGCAGUCAUACUCGAGCACACGAUCACCGUCGCUGGGUGAAUCCUCGGACCCAGAAUUCUCAGCUCGCAUGGAGCCGUAUGUGAUGGACGCCCGGCUGCAGCAAAGCUCACGCUUGGUGCCGCCCCCUCUCCCCAUCGGUGCAUCUCAAAUUAGCUUCGGCAGCUCUGUCAGUCCGAAUAAAUCAGGGUCAGACCCUUCCUUUUCUCAGAUGUAUCCCGUGGGACCACAUCCACCCCCAGGGCAGCAAGUGGACGGGCUGGCGCCUAUCCCCCAGUCGUUAAUCACCCAGCCUACCACCGAUUUUCUCCCUAAUCACCGAGAAAUGUCCCAUUCAAUGUCCUGUGCUAGUGCUCCCGCUCAUUCGACUCCAGCUCAGCCCUACCAGUCAUCGACAUCCUCAUACCAGAAUCAUCCAGCCCAGCCUCCGCAGAGAGAUCCACCAUACCCCUAUCCGUGGAAUCCGCAAUCGUGA